AUGCGCACCAACCUUCCAAUUGCGUCAUGGGGCUAUGCAAUAUUGCAUGCAGCCUUACUUAUUCGUUUCAGACCCACUGCCAAACAACCAUUCAGUGCGUACCAGUUGGUCACUGGAUAUGAGCCUGACAUUUCGCAUCUACGCAUUUUCGGUUGUUCAGUUUAUGUGCCAAUUACGCCUCCACUGCGAUCUAAAAUGGGUCAUCAGAGACGAUUGGGUAUCUACGUUGGUUAUGAAUCUCCAACGAUUAUCAGAUAUCUCGAGCCAUUAACAGGUGAUCUCUUUACCGCAAGGUUUGUGGAUUGUCACUUUGAUGAGACACUCUUCCCAUCGUUAGGGGGAGAUAGGAACAAACGUGUUCAUGUGGAACGACAUGAAUUGUCGUGGUUUGUCCCCACUCUGUCUCAUUAUGAUCCCCGCACCUCACAAUCUGAACGUGAAGUGAAACGUAUUCUCGAACUUCAGAAAGUAGCAGAUACGAUGCCUGACUCUUUCUCCGAGAUUACGAAAGUGACUAGAUCAGAUAUACCAGCUGCAAAUGUUCCUGCUAGGCUCGAAGUCCCUAAAAAGGGCACGGCCAUCCCCGGGCUCGGUACUGCCGCCGUCGGCGGCGCCGCCCAUGGUGGAGGGAUGGAGGCCGUGGCUCUCCAAAGGAAAAGGUGGAGGCCACCUGGUUCGGUUGACAUGCGUUCGAGAAAGAAACAGACCGACAAGGCACGAGUCAAUUCUUUGAUCAUCGAUGUUGAGAAUCCUUCUCACGAGAUCAUCUCUGAUUACAGUUAUGUCCACGAGUUGAUAUUAGAAUCCAUGGGGGACGCCUCAGGGUCAAUGUCAACAUCAGAGAACAUAGAGAUCUCCAUGUGUUAUGAUAACACUUAUGAAUUGAUGAACCGGUCAUCAACCCAUGUCGAUGAUAUAUUUGCUUAUUCCGCGGCUCAUGAAAUCAUUGAGCACAAUGACAUCGAACCACGCUCUGUUGCAGAAUGCCAAAACAGAGCAGAUUGGCCUAAAUGGAAAGUUGCAAUCCAGGCAGAAUUAGACUCUCUAACAAAGAGACAGGUCUUCGGCCCAGUAGUGCUAACUCCGCCGAGUGUAAAGCCUGUUGGACAUAAAUGGGUCUUUGUUAGAAAGCAUAAUGAGAAGAAUGAGGUACUUCGGUAUAAGGCCCGCCUUGUGGCGCAAGGUUUCUCACAACGCCCCGGGAUUAAUUAUGAGGAGACUUACUCUCCAGUCAUGGACGUCAUAACUUUCCGCUACUUAGUCAGUUUGGUAGUGUCCGAAAAACUUGACAUGCAGCUCAUGGAUGUGGUUACGGCAUAUCUCUAUGGGGAUCUAGAUUCAGAGAUAUAUAUGAAAGUGCCUGAUGGCAUUACGUUACCUAAAUCAAGUGACUCUAAACCACGGAGUGCGUAUGCUAUAAGGUUGCAACGCUCACUUUACGGAUUAAAGCAAUCCGGGCGAAUGUGGUAUACUCGUCUAAGUGACUACUUGAUUAGGGAGGGAUAUAAGAACGAUGAACUAUGCCCGUGCGUGUUCAUAAAGAAGACAACUUCCGGAUUUGUAAUAGUGGCCGUUUAUGUCGAUGACAUGAACAUUAUCGGUACUCUUGAUGAAAUCAAAGAGACCGCGGCUUAUCUGAAAUCCGAGUUUGAGAUGAAAGAUCUUGGGAAGACUCGUUUUUGCCUAGGUCUUGAACUAGGGCACCGAAGACUCAAGAUCAAAAGGUCAAAGAUCAUGCUUAGAUAUGAUAUGAGGCCCGAAUCAUCCACAUUCGAGGUCUGCUUCAAGCGAAUCGGGCUUGGUACAAGGUCUCUACUUAGGAUGAAGGAGACUUAG